AUGGGGUUAAACCCUCACGAGCGGUUAAACCCCCCAAAUCUUCGUCCAACAAUGAUGUUCAUCAUGGAUGAGCUCGAGGACAUCAAUAAGAGUUUGGCCACUGUUUCUGUGAUAGACGUUGACCAUAUGUUAAUAUGUACAAAAUUACGAAUGAAACCGUCAAGGCUGCAAGACAGACAGGUUACAUUUCCACUUGCCCCUGACUGGACUUGGUGCAACGAUUGCAAAUACAUCACAAAACAUUCAUUCGAAGAAGAAUUAGACUGGUUAAUCACAACAUUCAGUAUGGAGAAAUUAUUUCUUCUGAUUUCAUGCCUGCUGAUGUUUACACAUCAAUUCUGUUCAGAAGCAGCAACAUCUAAUCCGGAGUACCCAUAUUCGUUUAUGACAGCAGAUGCUCAAAAGGCAGCUUCAAGAUCAUAUGAUUACAUUGUGGUUGGAGGAGGUACAGCGGGAUGUCCCCUGGCAGCAACUCUCUCACAGCACUACUCUGUUUUAGUAUUGGAGAGGGGAGACUCUCCUUACGGAAUUCCCGAUGUGGAGGAUUUCAGAGGGUCUCCCACAACUAAUCCCAACGUAGCGCAGGGGUUUGUCUCAGAAGAUGGAGUGCAGUUGGUACGGGCGAGAGUUUUAGGAGGCGGAUCAGCCAUCAACGGUGGAGUCUACAGCAGGGCGAGCACUGAAUAUAUUCGGAAAAUAAAGUGGGAUGAGAAACUUGUAGAUGAGUCAUAUGAAUGGGUAGAACGGUUGAAUGCCUUCCAACAAUACAAGCUUUCUACUUGGAAUUCUGCUACCAAGGAUGGGCUUCUUCAAGCUGGAGUUCUUCCUUACAACGGCCACACUUUCGAUCAUUUGGUUGGCACCAAGAUCAGUGGCUCAAUCUUUGACGAGAAUGGAAAGAGACAUACAGCCGCAGAUCUACUCCAGUAUGCAAAUCCAGAAAAUAUUGUAGUUCUUCUCAAUGCUACUGCCAGCAGAAUACUCUUCAGUUUGGGAUCAGGAAAGCCAAAGGCUAGCGGAGUGGAGUUCAGAAGCAAUAAUGAUGGUCUCAUUUAUCAAAUUUUACUUAAUCAAUUGUCAAUCAAUAGUGAGGUGAUUUUGUCAGCAGGAAGCAUAGGUAGCACUCAACUUCUCCUCUUAAGCGGAAUUGGUCCAAAAAGACAACUCAAAGAAAUGAAUAUUCCUGCUCUUUUAGAUUCACCUUUUGUAGGUAAACAAGUUCAAGAUAAUCCUAGUGCACCCUUUACUAUAGUAUCCUCGAAACCACUUGAAGAUUCUUAUUCGCAAUUAGCGGGCAUUUUAGACAAUUCACAAAAUUACAUCGAAAGUGGUAGCCUUGUCCAACGGAAUAAUGGUACAAAUACACAAUAUUUAGGUGUUCUUGAUAUUAAGUUGGCAUUUCCCUUAUCAAGGGGUGAUCUUUGGCUUAAAAGCGUAGACCCUCGAGAUAACCCCUAUGUUCGUUACAACUACUAUUCACACUCUCUUGAUCUACAAAGAUGUGUGAAAGGUAUAAAAGUAAUGGUUAAUCUGAGUAUGUCAUGUUCUAUCCAAGAGUUUGCAUUUACUGAUAGUGGAAAUUCCAAAACACUCCAAUUCCUUGGAAUAGCAUUACCAAAGAAUCAAUCAAAUGAUGAUGCCUUGGCGAAGCUUUGCAAAGAGGCACUAGGGACAUUUAACCAUUAUCAUGGAGGUUGUCAAGCUGGUUUAGUGGUUAAUGAAAGAUAUCUGGUGAAAGGUGUUGAUAAUCUCAGAGUUGUGGAUGGCUCAAUUUAUAAGGAUUCCCCUGGUACCAACCCACAAGCCACAACCAUGAUGCUUGGAAGGUAUAUGGGAAUUCAUAUCCUUCAAGAACGCACAAUCUCUUAA